AUGACGACUGAUAGCACUAGAACGCCUCCGUCGGAGCAGGAGAAGCCCUCGCAUGUGGACGUUGAGAAUGUCUCCAAGCUUCCUCCCACGUCUGCCAUCGAUGCGGAGCGUGCUCAGCUUCUAGCAAGCUUGCCUGACCCCGAUGCGGGGAAGAGUGAUGAAGAACGCCGGGAAAUUGACAAGAAGCUGAUGUGGAAGGUUGACCUUUGGCUCAUCCCCUGGCUCUCUCUCCUCUACCUGCUGUCCUUCCUCGACCGAACCAACAUUGGAAAUGCCCGUCUAGAGAACAUGGAAGAAGACCUCGGUAUGGUAACGGGCGACUACAACAUGGCGCUCACCAUCUUCUUCAUCAGCUACGCCCUCUUUGAGCCCAUCACCAACGGUCUCCUCAAGCGUCUGACCCCGCGCAUCUUUUUUACAGGCAUCAUCAUCGCCUGGGGCAUCGUCAUGACCCUCAUGGGUCUAUGCCACAACUACCCCGGUCUCUUGGCUGCGCGAUUCUUCCUCGGUGUCACCGAGGCUGGCUUGUAUCCCGGUGUCAACUAUUAUCUCGGCUGUUGGUACAAGAGCUCUGAGAUUGGUGCCCGGUCAGCCAUCUUCUUCUCAGCUGCUGCUCUCGCCGGAUCAUUUGGUGGUUUACUGGCUGCUGCCAUUGCUCAGAUGGACGGUACCGGUGGCAAGCCUGGUUGGGCUUGGAUCUUCAUCCUCGAGGGUCUGGCGACCGUUUUCAUUGGCAUCUUUUGCUGGUGGAUGGUCUUUGACUGGCCUGAUACUGCCCGUUUCUUGUCAGAGGAUGAUCGCAUCCGUGUUCAACGCCGUCUGAUCAUGGACCGUCAGGGUCGAACCGCUGAAGACUUUGACAAGCGAUACAUCUGGGCUGCUUGCAAGGAUUGGAAGACGUACGGGUACAUGGUCAUCUACAUGGGCUCUUUGAUGCCUCUGUAUGCCUUCUCCCUCUUCCUUCCCACUAUCCUUCGUGGCAUGGGCCACGUCGGUACGCGCGCGCAGCUCCUUUCUGUGCCUCCGUAUGCGUGCGCGGCGUUGGCCACCAUCUUUGUUGGUUUCACGGCAGAUCGGACCAAAUGGCGAGGCUUCUGCAACAUUGGUACUGUGUGCGUGGGCAUCAUUGGCUUCAUCAUGUUGCUGGCCAGUGACAAACCAAAGGUUCAAUACGGCGCCGUAUUCCUUGGAGCAAUGGGAAUCUAUCCGACCGUGUCCAACACUGUGUCUUGGGUGAACAACAACAUCGAGGGUUCCUUGAAGCGUGCCAUUGUUCUCGGAAUGGUUGUCGGCUGGGGCAAUCUCAAUGGUGUCGUCUCAUCCAACAUCUAUCUCGACCGACAGAGGCCUCGCUACUGGACCGGCCACGGUAUGGUGCUUGCAUACCAGGUAAUCUUCCUGCUUGGAGGCUCAAUCUUCAUGCACUUUGCCCUGCGUUGGGAGAACAGGGCGCGCAGGAACGGCAAGCGCAACGCCAAGUGGGACGCUAUGACGGAUGAGCAGAAGGCCAUUAGUGGUGAUGUGCGCCCUGAUUUCAUGUACACGCUGUGA